AUGUCUCGAAUUUCACCAAUGCUUCUGAAGAGAGCUGCUUUCUCAACCAGUUCGGGGGGUUUCAAUGCUACGGCAGGAAAAGGCUCAACUUUACAAAACGCACUCUCCAAAAGAGCUGCCAGGUAUUCAUGGACUAAAGAAGAAUUACGUGAUAUUUAUUAUACCCCAUUAUUAGAAUUGGUUCAUUCAGCUCAAUUGCAACAUCGAAAAUUCCACGACCCUACGAAGGUGCAAUUAUGCACACUAAUGAAUAUCAAAACUGGUGGUUGUACUGAAGAUUGUAAGUAUUGCUCUCAGUCCACUUCAAAUAAUACCGGCCUUAAUGCGGAGAAAUUAGUUUCAUUGGAAGAUGUUGUUCGAGAAGCUGAAGAGGCUAAGAAGAAUGGUUCUACAAGAUUUUGUAUGGGUGCCGCUUGGAGAGAUAUGAAUGGUAGGAAGAGUUCCCUAAAAAGAAUUUCUGAGAUGGUGACCAAAGUCAACGAGCUUGGGCUGGAAUCCUGUGUUACACUAGGUAUGGUAAAUGCUGAACAAGCGAAUCAGUUGAAAGAUGCCGGUUUGACAGCCUAUAAUCACAAUAUCGAUACUUCAAGGGAGCAUUACAAAAAUGUUAUUACCACUAGAUCCUACGAUGACAGAUUGGCAACAAUUAAGAAUGUUCAAAAAUCAGGGAUUAAUGCUUGUACUGGUGGUAUACUUGGAUUAGAUGAAACUCAAGAGGAUCACAUUGGAUUCUUGUACACUCUUUCUAAUAUCACUCCACACCCAGAAUCAGUUCCUAUUAAUAGAUUAGUUCCAAUUAAGGGAACUAAAAUUGUUGAAGAGUUAGAUAAACCUGAAGCAAAAAAACUUGACUUUGAAGAUAUUGUCAGGACCAUUGCCACUGCAAGAAUUGUAAUGCCAACCAGCAUUGUCAGAUUGGCAGCAGGGCGUUACACCAUGAAAGAAUAUGAGCAAUUUUUAUGCUUCAUGGCUGGGUGCAACAGUAUCUUUACUGGAAAGAAAAUGCUGACUACAUAUUGUAAUGGUUGGACAGAAGAUAAGGAGAUGCUAAGAAGAUGGGGUAUGAGACCUAUGAAAGCAUUUCAAAGGGCUAGCUACACUUUAUCAUGA